AUGUCCACUGGGGCGCAGCUCUCUGCUGACAACGAACAAUCAUGUGCCCGUGUUUUCCAUGCUUCGCCGGUCUUAGAUCCUUCUGAGUCCCGUCAGAGGCGGAAAAGGCUAUUAGAUCAACACCGGCUUGCCUGGACAGGUCGUUCAAAGAGUUAUACACCGUCUCUUCAGUGUGGCCAUUUCGAUGACGAAUACGUUAAUGCGCUCAAAGCCUCUUAUCGAGAUAGGUCCUAUUAUGGCCCCCCGAAUUAUCAGUGCCGUCAUUGUGAUGCUGUGUUCUGGUACGGCGAGAGGGCCAAAUCUGAGUCUUCGCGCCGUGAUGACAAUAUUGUUUAUAACAACUGUUGCCGGAGUGGGAAAGUUGUCAUCCCGCCUUUCCAGCCUCGCCCUGAUCCUUUGGCUGCGCUAGCGACGUUUGGUGGAGGUCCUCGUUCCAACAAAUUCAUGAAGAAUAUUAGACAAUACAAUUGCCUUUUUGCCUUCACGUCUAUGGGGGCUAACAUUGAUCGCUCGCUUAACGAUGGCCGUGGGCCUCCAAUUUUCAAAAUUAGUGGACAGGUGCACCAUCGGAUUGGGUCUCUCUUGCCACCAGAUGGAAGCCCUCCUAAAUUUUUGCAGCUAUAUAUUUAUGACACCGCUAAUGAGGUCACUAACAGAAUACGGGCUUUAGCACCUGCUGACAUAUCUUAUGACACUUUGGAUCCUGACAUUACUCGGAGCCUCAUAGAUAUGCUUGACCAGCAUAAUCCUUUUGCUAAGAAAUUUAGGAUGGCACGGGAUAGACUUCAGGAUGGCCAGGCCGAAGAUUUCAUUGUGAGGAUUGUAGGAGCUAAGGAAGGAGAUCCUGUUCAGUACAGUCUUCCAACUACUGAUCAGCUUGCUAUGCUUGUUGUCGGGGACUUUUCUCUUGACACUUUCCAGCGUGAUAUAGUCAUUCAAACACGCUCUGGAGAACUGCAGCAGAUAUCUUCUUUGCAUCCUGCCUAUAUGGCGCUACAAUAUCCUUUGUUAUUCCCGUAUGGUGAGCGUGGAUACCAGAUUGGUGUUCUGUAUAAUGGUGCCAUGCCAGCUAGGAAAAAUGCUCGCAGUAAGGUUACCAUGCGGGAUUACUUCUGUUACAAUUUCCAUUAUAGACGGAAUCAGCCAAAUCCAUAUCUUUGUUACGGUCUUCUAUCUAGUCAGGCCAAGAUUGAUGCUAGAGCAGCUAUAGAUGAAAGCAGAUUAUGGUACAUUCUGGAUAAUCAGGCUGAUCUUCGAGUUGAGAACAUUCAGGGUAUAUCCGAUGCUGUAGACCGUGGCUGUGUGGACGGUACACAGAUGGGGAAGAUGACUGUUUUGCCAUCCUCAUUCACGGGAGGCCGGAGGUACAUGAUUCAGAACUAUCAUGACGCCAUUGCAAUAUGCAAGGUUCAUGGUCCGCCUGACUUCUUUGUGACAUUCACAUGCAAUGCCAAGUGGCCUGAGAUAGAUGAGGGUAUCAUUGAACCAGGACAGAAGCCUAGUGAUAGAGCCGACAUCAUUGUUAGAGUUUUUAAUAUGAAGCUUGAAGACCUAUUGCAUGAUAUUAAGAGUGGAAAAGCCUUUGGUCCAUGUAGUGCAGUUCUCCAUACAGUUGAAUUCCAGAAACGUGGUCUGCCACAUGCCCACAUCAUUCUUUGGGUGUCUGCCGACACUUCACAGCCAACUUCAACGUAUAUAGAUUCUUUUGUUAGCGCUGAGAUACCCGAUCCAAAGGAAGAUCCACUGGGAUAUGCUCUUGUGGCAGAACAAAUGAGGUACCAAGCUCACAUUAAUGUAGAAUGGUGUAACAGGAGCAUCUUUGUUAAGUACCUCUUCAAAUAUGUGACUAAGGGACCGGAUUGUAGCAGGGUCUACCUCCAAAGAAUUAGAGAUGGUGUAGACCCCCCCUAUGAUCAAGAGAGUCAAACUAUUAAUGAGGUUAAGGAAUAUUUGGAUUGCCGGUAUAUAUGUGAGCAAGAUGCAUGUUGGAGAGUCUUUGGCUAUGAUAUCCAUAGACACUAUCCAUCUGUAGAAAGGUUGCCUGUUCACCUACCCAAUGAAAAUUUCAUUACAUAUCGUGCAAAAGCCAAUAUGUCCCGUGUUCUCUCACAGGAAUUCCUGCGCAGGACAAUGCUCACUCAGUGGUUUGUUGCUAAUCAGACCCAUUCUCAAAGCAGGGAGUUAACUUAUUGUGACUUUCCUUCUAAGUGGAGAUGGGAAAAGACCUCUAGGACAUGGGAACGGCGGUGUCACAACAUCGGUAAAAUAGGUCGUAUCCAUUAUGUUCAUCCUUCGACUGGUGACCGGUACUUCCUAAGAAUGUUAUUGUUGGUGGUCAGAGGAGCCACAAGUUAUGAAGAGCUUCGAUCCUUCCAGGGUAUCUGCCAUCCUACUUUCAGGGGUGCAUGCAGGGCCCGUGGUCUUCUUGGUGAUGACCAGGAGUGGUACAAUGCUUUUGAUGAAGCUGCUGCUUGGGCAACCUCUAGACAAUUAAGAAACCUUUUUGUUACCAUGCUCCUAUUUUGUGAGGUUGGAGAUGAGUCUGCCUUUUUUGAGAAGGUUUGGAGGCUCCUAGCUGAUGACAUUCAAUACCAGUUCAGAGACAUGAUUGGUAACCAAAACUACCAGAUGCCAGACAAUGACAUUAGGAAUCGCUUGCUUGAUGAUCUAACUGCUUUAUUUGUUAAAAGUGGUAGCAAUAUACACAAUUUCAAUCUUCCACAUAGAACAAGUGCUUCUGGCUCUUCUUCCACAAACCGUUUGGUUGAAGAAGAAUUUGCAUAUGACGCUCGUCAAGAGUUGUCUGAUUUUAGCCGUUGGAUUUUAGAUGUUGGGGAUGGUAGAGUAAAUUCUUUUGCAAAAGAAGGGGAGAGUGAGCCUGCAUGGAUCAAAAUACCUCAUGAUUUGCUUUUGAUGCCUAAAGAGCAUAACAUUAGGUGCAUAGUUCAUGCAAUCUAUCCAGAUUUACAGAACUGCUACUCUGAUUCCUCCUACCUUAGGGAUCGAGCCAUCUUAACACCUACCAAUGAUUUGGCCGAAACACUUAACGCGCAUGUUGUUUCUCUCCUCCCCUGUGAGGAAAAGGAAUAUUUGAGCUGUGACAAAACAGGAAAGCCUCCAGGCACUCAUGAUGCAUAUGAUCUAUUGUAUCCUGUUGAGUUCCUAAACUCUCUCAAUGGAAAUAAUUUCCCUCGGCACCGACUCAUUCUUAAAGUGGGUGUCCCUGUAAUGUUGCUACGGAAUUUAAGCCAAUCUGAUGGCCUCUGCAAUGAGCCAAGGCGGACACUUUCUUACGUUGGCAUCUAUCUUAAAAAGCCGGUUUUCACACAUGGGCAACUCUAUGUGGCUCUUUCACGUGUGCAUGAUAUGGCUCGUACACCUGCCCCCACACUCUUAGCAAAUCUAAAGCCAAGAGACAUCCAGGCUUCUGUCUGUGUUCGAGUUAUUAGAAAGUGGAAUUUCACUGGUAGGAAUGAGAAUGGGCCUAUCCUGCAUGUUGACCUUGUUCUCGCUGAUAAAGAGGGAGGUGUUAUGUACGCUGAAAUUCCAAGAGAUGAAGUGCAGGACAAAAGCCCCCUCAUAGAGAUGGGCAGCAUGAUUGAAUUCACUUGCUACACUAGAGUGGUACUUGAAGAUAUCCCCUCAGACAUAUUCCCACAGUUUGUCUAUACAUUUGUCCCUUUCAAUGAAAUACAUCAGCAUGUAAGAGAGCACCCCAAUUUUAUUGAUGUUAUUGGUGUUAUCAUCAAAGUGCAUCCAAAGCAGUCCCAACGCGUUUACGGAGACGAGCAACAUCGACUCGACCGGGACAUAAUUAUUCAAGACUUAAAAGACAACGAGCUUAGGGUCACGUUAUGGGGAUGCGAAGCACAACAUUCAAACCUUGAAUCUAUCUACAAUGCCCGGUUUCAGGAUCAGCACUUCCCAAUAGAUUUGCCUCCUUCAUCACCAACGCACCUCCAAGAGGACGAACAGAUUGUCAUAGAGCACAAGUCACUUGAUGAGCUAAAUGCAGUUGAUCCCUAUGAGUUCCCUCAAUCAGACUUUCACUGCACAGUCACAGUUACGGCUGUGCCAAAUGACGAUUCGUGGUGGUAUCUAGGCUGCCGAGGAUGCAAAAAAUCUAGUUCUGAUCAGGUCGGCGGUGCGCCUUGGUGCGGUGGUUGCAAAUCCUCAGAUUUUAUGCCAAGGUACAAAUUGGCAUUCACUGCUACAGACAACACCGCAGAGGGUUGGUUCUUCUGCUUUGACAAUAUUGCUCAGCAGAUCGUUAAGAAAAGCUGCGAGUCUCUCUUUCACCUUCCUAAUAGAAUCAGUGGCACACCUCCUGGACUAACAGCUAUUGUUGGAAACAAGUAUACAUUUGCUCUCUCAGCGGAACUCCAACCUGUCCAUACCCCUGCUUCAUGUGGUGUUGCUGACCCGGCAAAGUCAUCGACGCAUGUUGAAAGCAAAGGUGCAAAGAGGAAACUGUUUGACGACCAGUCUACUCAUAAGAAGGAUCAAACGACCUUCGCUCAAUCUGCUCAUCAGAGUUCUCAGCAACUCAACAUCGACGUCCAAAUGACCGGACAGGAUAAGGAUAUAGAGGAGCAACAUUCUGAGGACCCCCCUAGAUAG